CAUCAUGGCGAUUAUCAUGUAAGCUCGAAACCGAAUCUCAGCCAAUAAACGGCAAACGGGCACUCGCGUCCCAUUUGGAGAUCAUGAAAUUCUUGACGGUGCUUGCCGCGCUUAUGAUACAAUGCGCCGCAACGAAAUCAUGGAACAGUGACAGUUAUUCGGAGGAUACGUUCUUCGUGUUCAGCUGGUUCAGCUACCUGAAACGAUUCUCUAUAAUAGCGUUGAUGUUGUCCGGUGUCAUACUGUACUACGUCCCAGAAUCGCGGCCACACGCGCGCAGAAUUUGUUACACAUUGAUCGAUGUCACGGCGAACGGAUUGAAAUCAGCACUGAGCACGCGCGAGAGUGAGUUCCUCUACGAGAAAAUUAAAUCCAAGUACCAGCGUGCCCGAUAUGAACAAGCGUUAGCAAUACAGAAGCACGUUCUGCAUGAAGUGCCGACUGACGAUGAGAAUGUUGGAAUAGUGCAAAAGAAUUCAAUUAAGAAGUCGAAGAUCUUUGUCAGCGGCGAUGAUGCAUUGGGUAGUAAGGAGAAGAAAAAGAGUAAUAAAGCAUUAAAGGAGCACCGACAAUCCCGUCAUCGUUUUCGUAACAAUGGCAUUAAAGACGUCCAAGUUGAACCUUGCAUGGAGAUUAGCAAGCCAGUCUAUCUUUACACGAAUAAAUCGGACGAGUAUCCAAAGUAUAUGAAAAAAAAUUCGCACAAACAUGUGGUCAGCACGAAAGGAAGCAGCGGAUCAGCUGUCGAGAAUUACGCGCUUUUAAUCAGUGGCAGUCCACAACAAUUAGCGAUGAUCGAUCAGAAAUAUGACAAGGAAGACGUGGUAAUUGUCCAAGAUCCUUAUUUGAAGAUAGAAUACAAGGAAUGUGGUACCACUACUGAUAAAGUCUCGUCGAAAGCUUCAAGCUCGGAACAAGAAGGACCGACUAGAGACCAUGACUACAAUAUGACAGAUUCAGCAAUGGAAACGUACUUGAAAGAAAUUGAACUGAACUCUACUGAUAUCGCGAAAUACUCUGUCGCCAAUUCGCUAAACGAAGGAAGCCAAUAUUGUGGCGGUGUAUGUUGUGGGACCAACGGAUGCUUCGUACAGGGAGUCAGUAAUAAAGAUCUCAAUAACAAGACUCACGUGACGAUGGCCCCGCUCGAUGUUAAGAAUGUACUAAAAUCGUCCCGCAGCAUGGUGAAUCCCAAGACGUACAAAAAAAUGGAGGAGACCAACGAGAACGUGUAUAUGGUUGAUUACAAUCAUUACAAUCCUGAGGGCGACAGGGUGAAAAAACCAAUUAACGUGAGCAAUAGCCGUAAAGUAGAGUUCCAGAAAGAUGUGAAUGAUCGCGAUAAAAUUCGUAUGCAGAAACACGAAGAAAGUGUUAAAUCGCGUAAUAAGAAAUUCCAAAAUAAUGACAUGGCAGCGAAUUUCUGUUGCACUAAUUAUCACAAUGACCGAGGUGGGGAAGCAGAUGAUGAGAAUUCUCAAUUUGGGAAGCUCAAUCUCGGGGCGAAACCACAAAAGGAAAAUCUGCUACUUCAAAGAUCUUCGGAUGAUUCGAUUUUCGAUUAUGAUUUUUAUAAUGAACCUAUUUUAAAAAGUACGUCCAGUCCUGUUAUCUGAAUCGAUUAAAGCCAGCCCUGGUACGAGCAGUGAACUGGAUUUUCGGUGGAUGUCCGGAAGCGUGUAGAAGAGCUGAACAGAAUCGCGAAGU